AUGUCUGAGGCUGUUGCGGAUAUUGCUGUGGUCGGAUUGGCUGUGAUGGGCCAGAAUCUGAUCCUCAACAUCAAUGACAACGGCUUUGUUUGCUGUGCUUUCAACAGAACUGUCUCGAAAGUUGAUGAUUUCUUGAACAACGAGGCCAAAGGAACCAAGAUUGUUGGCGCCCAUUCAAUUCAAGAGAUGUGCAAGUCAGUAUUCUCAUAGGUUUAUGUUGUUUGUGAGGAUAUGUGUUAUUGAAUGCGUUCUAGGUUAUUGAAAAGACCUCGAAGAGUUGUUCUUCUUGUCAAGGCUGGCUCAGCUGUCCAGGCAAUGAUCGACAGCAUUGUUCCUCAUUUGGAGAAGGGAGAUAUCAUCAUUGAUGGAGGAAACAGCGAGUACCACGACUCUAAUGUACGUCUUUUGAUGAUUGAAGUUAAUUAUUACAUCUUAGAGACGCUUCAAAGAAUUAGCAGCUAAGGGUAUCCAUUUCGUCGGUUGCGGGGUCAGUGGUGGAGAAGAAGGAGCUCGUUAUGGCCCAUCUCUAAUGCCCGGAGGCGCUCCAGAAGCCUGGCCUCACCUCAAGCCGAUCUUCCAGUCAAUUGCAGCCAAAUCCGGCGCAGAACCAUGCUGUGAUUGGGUAAAUAGCGCUAUUUUUUGUUUAUUUUUCAGACGUUACUCACCUGAGUGGUUCACCCGGAACUUCCAACCUUGUUUUAUAUCAAUUUGAUAUAAAUUUUAUGUAAUUUAUUGCAUUAUUGGCGGAGCAAUACUUAAAACAAGGUCGGAAGUUCCGGGCGAACCACCCUAUACACAUUAUGACAAAUUUUUAGUUAGGAGAAGCAGGCUCUGGCCACUUUGUGAAGAUGGUACACAAUGGAAUCGAAUACGGAGAUAUGCAGCUGAUCGCGGAGGCAUUCCACAUCCUAACCCAAGGUCUCGGUCUGGGUUACGAUGAAUUGGCAUCAGUGUUUGACGAAUGGAACAAAGGAGAUCUCGAUUCUUUUCUCAUUGAGAUCACUGCUAACAUUCUCAGAUAUCGCGAUGAGAAGGGAGAACCUGUUGUUCCCAAAAUCAAGGACACUGCUGGACAAAAAGGAACUGGAAAAUGGACUGGGAUUGCUGCCCUCGAAUAUGGAGUACCCGUCACUCUUAUUGGUAGGCGUACUUGACAAUAUUAUUGUUGUUUUUAGCCGAAGCCGUCUUUGCCCGAUGUCUUUCUUCCAUCAAAGAUCAACGGGUCGCCGCUUCCAAAGUUCUCCCCGCCGGAACUGAAUCUAACAGCAUUGUGAAGGACAAAAAAGCUUUCCUGGAACACGUCAGGAGAGCUCUGUAUGCCUCCAAGGUUGUCAGUUAUGCCCAAGGAUUCAUGCUUUUAGCUGAGGCUUCUAAAGAAUUUGAUUGGAAGUUGAAUCUUGGAGCGAUCUCCUUGAUGUGGAGGGGCGGUUGUAUCAUCAGAUCUCGAUUCUUGGGCAAGAUUAAGGAGGCCUUUGACAAAAACCCCAAAUUGGUCAACCUUUUAUUGGAUGACUUCUUUUUGAAGGCUAUUCAGGAAUCUGUGGUAAGUACGGUUAUAUUAUUACCGUAUUUUAACAAUAAUCUUUAUGCAUUGUUUUCAGCAAUCAUGGAGAGAAGUAGUAAGCACGGCAGUCAGACUAGGCAUCCCAACCCCGGCAUUCUCGGCGGCGUUGGCAUUCUAUGAUGGCUACAGAAGUGAGGUUCUCCCGGCGAAUCUUCUCCAAGCCCAGAGAGAUUACUUUGGCGCCCAUACAUACGAACUCCUUGCCAAUCCAGGCACCUUUGUUCACACCAAUUGGACCGGAAAGGGAGGCCGGGUCACCUCCAAUGCCUAUCACGCUUAA